GGGAUGCCUGCGUGAGGAAUAAAGCCACAGGCAUCUUUUAGUAGUAGCUAUUCGGCGUGGAUGUACUCGUAAAUUAAGAACAAAUUCAGAUUUUUUUUUUCCAGAAAGCGUUUUGUUUUUAUGCCUAAAAGCAGCACAAGGUGCUUAUUAUCAGUCGGUAAUUAACGCGCGUAAAAAUGUCCAAAUUAAACAUCUAAUAGAAAAAAAUAAUAUUAAUAUCCAAAACACUUCUAUAUUCGAGACAUAUUUUCGGCAUAUUUCGCGUUCUUAAUAUGUGUUACAUGGCCAUCGGCCUGGACACACCACAAUCUAUUUCCAGAUGAUGAAAACAGGGGGAAGCUAUGCUCUUAAAAUGGCAGAGAUGGAUUUAAAAACAGCCACAUCAGCGAUGGAAGCCUUGGUUCGCGCCACCUCUAACAUGAAGAGCCUGGAGCAUGAGUUGCAUUGCCCCGUGUGUAAGGAAAUAGUUAAACAGCCUGUGGUCCUGCCAUGCCUGCACAGCGUCUGUCUCUUGUGUGCCUCCGAGGUCUUGGUAGCAAAUGGAUACCCGCCUCCAGAGCUUCCACCAGAACCCAACUCACCAGCCUCCACACCCAACACCCGUUCACCUCGUCAGGCACGCAGGCCCACACCUAAAAAUGAACAACGGCCCAUCGACCGCGUGCUGCGUUCAGGUCCACACCCCCCUUCACCAUCCAUGCCACGGUCUCCCGGUUAUGGGACGUACCCAGGUAGACGCCGUAAGGAAGGUCCACCCUUGGUGAUGAUGUUCCCCUGUAUCCCCUGCGGCAGAGAUGUUGAGCUGGGAGAGAAAGGCCUUACUGACUGUCUGCGCAACCUCACCUUGGAGCGUAUAGUGGAGAGGUACAGACACACGGUGAGUCUGGGCAGUGUGGCUGUGAUGUGCCAAUUCUGUAAGCCGCCUCAAACUCUGGAAGCCACCAAGGGCUGUGCUGACUGCAGGUCUAAUUUCUGCAAUGAGUGUUUCAAACUCUAUCACCCAUGGGGAACGCCACGGGCGCAGCAUGAGCACAUCCAGCCUACACUCAACUUCAGACCAAAGGUGCUGACUUGUCCAGAACACGACCAGGAGAAGCUGCAGUUCUAUUGUCGGUCAUGUCAGCGGCUGCUCUGCCCCCUCUGCAAACUGCGCCGCAUUCACACCGGACAUAAAAUCCUCCCAGUGGCCCAGGCGUACCAAGCGCUGAAGGAGAAGAUUACAAAGGAGAUGAACUACAUUCUGUCCAACCAGGACACAGUUUUGGCUCAGAUUACCCAGCUGGAGAGUUCCAUCACACAGACUGAGGUAAACAGCGUGUCGGCCAGAGAGCAGCUGGCUCAGAGCAUCAGGGAUUUGACGGCCGCUCUCGCCGAGCGUCACGCUUCGCUCACCCAGGCUCUGGAGGGGGCACGGCAGAAACGAGGCGAGGCACUGGCUGCUCAAGUGGCGGAGAGACGUGGCUUGUUGGAGCACGCUGGGCUCAUGGCGUACACGCAGGAACUGCUGAAAGAAACAGAUCAGCCCUGUUUUGUGCAGGCUUCUCGCCAGACUCAUAACAGGCUGAGUAAAGCAAUUGAGAAUCUGCAACAUUUCACACUAGCGGCCGAUCCAUCAUUCAGACACUUCCAGCUGGACGUCUCCAAAGAACUUAAACUCCUGACAGAGUUGAACUUCAUCCAGGUGCCCUUGGCUCCAGUGAUCGAUACCCAGCGUAGUCUGGCCUACGACCAGCUGUUCUUGUGCUGGCGACUGCCCCCGGAGUCUUCACCAUCCUGGCACUUUUCUGUAGAGUAUCGCCGUCGUGGUGUAGUACCAGGAGGAGCGUCCAGAGGUGGGAUCAGAGGAGGACUGGCUGCUGCACGCUGGGGCUGGCAGCGAAUGGACGAAGUGAGUGGAAGCAGCGCUGUGAUUGACAGGUUGGAAAUGGACAGCGUGUACGUGCUGCGGGUGAGAGGCUGCAACAAGGCGGGCUACGGAGAGUACAGUGAGGAGGUGUACCUGCACACCCCGCCUGCACCAGUGCUUAACUUCUACCUGGACUCUCGCUGGGGUCUCCACGCCGACCGCCUGGUGGUCAGCAAAGAGCAGCGUUGUGCCCGCAGCGUUCCUGGUCUCUCUCUGCUGCAGGCUGCCGACCACGCCCUAACUUCCUGUCACCUGACUUCUGACCUACUUGUAGGGGAUGUAGCCAUUACACAAGGACGGCACUACUGGGCAUGCUCAGUGGAGCCUGGGUCUUACCUUGUGAAGGUGGGAGUGGGCCUGGAAUCCAAACUGCAGGAGUGGUUUCACCUUCCACAAGACAUGGCCAGUCCCCGCUACGACCCAGACAGCGGCCAUGACAGCGGCGCAGAGGAUGCCCUGGAUUCUGCGCCGCCCUUCUGCUUUCUGACUAUGGGGAUGGGUAAAAUCUACCUGCCGCAGCACAGCUACCACCAUCAACAGCGGGAUACCAACAGCAACGGCCAUUCAUCGCCCGCUGGCCUCACUUACCCGCUGCCGCCCCGGCUCGGUGUGUGCCUUGACUUUGAGAAAGGGCGCGUCACGUUCUACGAUGCCCAUUCCUUGCGGCCUCUUUGGGAAGGCCACGUGGAUUGCACCGGCCCCGUGUGCCCCGCUUUCUGUUUCAUUGGUGGAGGGGCCCUACAGCUUCAAGAGCUGGUAGCCAAUCGCAACGCAGAUCAGACUCCGGUCAGACGGGUGACCAUCCAGCCGCGAGUUUCCAAUUUAAAUAAUGGUUGAUCUGAAGUUGGUAAUCGGGAAUGUAUUUGGUUAAUUUGUGAAGUAUUUACAAAGCUAGAGCGAAAAGUUAGACAUCUCAGCGACUUUGAUUUGUAUUUAAUUUUCUUCUACAAGAAAAUGUUUCUAUAGCAACAAAUAUGCAAUGUAAUUAUGUUUCUUACAUUUUUGUUACAUGCAGUUUUGCAAGAGUUACUGCUUAAGUAGUGUCUGGACUAUCCAGCACCUGAUAUGUAAUUAUAUCUUUGAUGCUUGCACUUGUAGCCAGGCUAUACUGCAUACAUUUAUAAUGCUAAUGUAUACAUAGCUUCACACAGUGUCGUCUUUCAUGUAGAAGCUUUUAUUCUGUCAUUUCGUGUCCUUAAUGGUUCUCUUUUGUUUCAGAGAUAUGAACAUUAUGUGAAUACAAAAGAGCUUUUAUUGCAUCUAUAACUAAAUCUGUGUUUAACCACAGCUAAUGCUAGUCAUUCAGCCAUUAUGAUCCCAACCAAAGUGAUUGUUUUUCUGGGAUGUAAAUGUGGUAAAUUAGAGGUAGAGAGGAACAAUGAGGCAAUACUGUAAUUAGAGGCUCCAAUUAUACCUCUGCUGCACAGCUAAUCACUAGUUUCCACACUUCUGUUUGUGCAUCGCUGUUUUGGAUUUCAAAUAGUCUGAUGUUUGUCUGUGUGUGUGCGUGAGUGUAUGUGUGUGCAUUUGGGUGUUUAAUUCCCUGUUUUCACGGGGGCGUGUGGCUUGACUGAUAACGGCACCGACUGGCAGAUAGUGAAAACUUGUUUUCUCGCACACAAUACUUUGGAUUUUUUUCCCCCAACCUUGCUUGAUUGUAAGUUAAUGAGCAGCGCUUCUCAUGAAAAGAAACAGAAGAUUAACGUGUAAACUUCGUCUGCUGACAGAAUGUUUGCAAAAGAAAAAUGGAUUAAGGAAGGAAACACUGAAUAAAUUCAAAUUGUUUAAAUUAU